CAUGCAUGAAGAGGUGGUUUUUGGACUUUCGUGUGCAUUGUGUGAGGUGUCAGUUGAGGGAUUUACGGGGCUCAAUUCCUUCGAGAAAUAAAUUGGUAAUAUAAUGAAUAGGAAAGCUUCUUUUCAGGACUACUAGUCCACUGUUCGUCUAUUACUUCCCUAGCAGCGGCACACUGUGUAUUGUGUGAAGAGGGAGCCAGGCACCCUUGAGCCUAGGAGCUCAAUCUGAUGGAAUGCCCAAGGAUGCUCGUAUGCUGAAAUCCCCACCCAAUCUAUCCUCUGAUGUGAGCGACUCGGGUCCAAGAAUCUUGGAAACAUGGGCGAAAUUCCGGUAGCUGAAGUCGCCAGGGCCACGCCGGAGCCUUCGUCUUGGCUGAACCUCAAGGUCUUCUUCCUGAGGGUGAGCAGGUGCGAGGUGAACGAGUCCAUGGCGGACUCCCUGACCGUCACCCACGCCCCGCUCACCCCUGGCACCGUGCUCGAGGUGAACGGCGGCAGCGUCGUCAGCAGCGGCCACGUGUCUCUCCGCAUGGACCGCGCCGGCGCCGUCUCGGAAGGCGGCGGCGGCGCCUGCACCUUCGUCAGCACGGCGGACGUCAGGGUAUCCAGGAGCGUGCGGUUCGAGGUCCAGGGCGGAGGCGAGCGGCUCCUCGUCGGGAUCCUGGAGACGUGCGACGCCGGCGCGGCGGGCAAGGGCGGCGGCUGGGCGAUGAAGUGCCAGGUCGCCGUGCAGCGCGGCUCGGGCCUCCUGAGGCGCGGGAAGGAGACGAAGCCGCCGGUGGUCGAGGUGUACGUCGCCGGCCUGGCCCGGGGCGCCCCGGUCAUCUUCACCAAGGCGAUGCAGCUGCGGUUCAGGAGGCGGCGCCAGGCCAAGGCCUUCAUGGAGCCCAUCCCCGAGUGCGGCGAGCCGGCGGAGGACGUGAAAGAAAUGCUGCCUCCGAAGCAUCAAACAGAGGCGGCGUCGGAGUACAGGUGCUACAGGCCCGAGCCGGACGGCGGCGACGCCGACUGCGACGGCUACUAUGUGAGUCCCGCAGGCGAGGAAGGAGAGGACGGUGACUUCUCAUGGUUCACCGCCGGCGUCAGAGUCGGCGUCGGCAUCAGCGUCGGCAUCUGCCUCGGGAUCGGCAUCGGCGCCGGUCUCCUGGCCCGCUCGUACCACUCCACCUCGAGGAGCCUGAAAAGCCGGUUGAUCUCGAGCCUGCUCUGAACUUCUACCACAAUUGGUGCCAUUGAUCAGUAGUGCGUCAAAUAUCACUGUCCUUCUGUAUUAUCAUGGAUCCUAUAGCAUUCGCAGCGACGCCAAUUUGCUGCUGUGGCCGUGCAUAUGCUCAAAUUUCAGAUCCCCUAUGUUAGGCUGGGUGGUCCAGUGUAUAUAUCUUUGUACCGUCGUUGAUAGAGUGAGAUGGAAUAGAUUAUAGAUGUUCACUCGUUUUAAUACGUUACCAAUGUAAUUAUGAAAGAAACUGAGAAAAAUUGACGAGAUACAUUAGUGUGUUAUACCACUUUAGAAACAUACACGUCCAAAUUUAAUCCAUUUAAGU